AUGGCUUCACCAAUCUUUGCCAUUGCUGCCAUUGUUACGUCAGUCAGGUCUGGAUGGGAGCUCUCGAGAUUGAUCAAGCGAAGAAAAUUCGAUAAAAAGUCAAAAUGUGUAUCUUCCAACCUUUGCAAGGCCCGCCGCCUCAUGAGAAACAAGGAGUAUAAGUAUUGGCGCGAGAAGUAUGAGCUCGCGAAUUCAAGAUAUGACCGGACUAGGCCAGCUAUGCAGUGCAGGAAAGUUUGUUGGAGUUUCGCAUAA